UGGUGAACUCAGUGGUGAACACCAUUGUUUGCAUAUGUACACACUAAUUUAAUCAUGUCUGUGGGCUCGCUCUCUUGCUCAUUAGUUAUGCUACAAACGAUACUCGUCUGCAGACAGACAGUGAUCACAGAUCAGCAGCAGCAGCUCAGGCAGCUCGGAGGCAGGCAACAUGAAACCAGCAGGACAAAACGGCACGUUAGUCACUCAGCCCUGGACACAAGUCAUGAAGAACACAGGCUUUGACUCAUGAGGAAAGACAGGAAGAACGUUGGUUUGUUGUCAUGGAUAUGAUGAAUAGGACCACCACCACCACCACCACCAUGCUGACGUCUUUCAAUUGCACUGUGGACACCAACUAUCAUUUCGCCUACUACCAGAUCGCCUACAGCCUCAUCUUCAGCUUCGGCCUGGCCAGUAACGUCAUGGCGCUGCGUCGCUUGUGGAUCAUACCUCGCAACCUCACCAGUACUGCUGUUUACAUGGCCAAUCUGGCGGCUGUGGAUCUUUUCUUCAUUGUAUCUCUUCCACUGAGGAUCUAUUACUACUAUAAUCGGUAUCACGACAGUGCCUGGUUUCCAGGACGUGCCUUCUGUCUGUUGACCUUCACGCUCAAAUACAUCAGCUUAUAUGGUGGCAUCUUCUUCCUGGUGUGUAUAGGAGUGGACCGAUACUUCGCCGUGGUUCAUCCUCUGCUGCAGCGCCUGAGACAGGUCCGCACGGCUCGCGUGCUCAGCUCAAUGAUCUGGUUAGUGGUUCUUGCGCUCAGCCUGACCCUGCCGUUCCUGCUCUCUGCAGCAUCUCUGAGGAACCACCCAUGCAUGCUGGACCCCUCCUCACAGCGGCACCACACCUUCAUCCUGGUCGCUCUGGCCCUGGUGCAGGCGGCCUUUCUGCUACCUGCUCUGCUGCUGAUUUUCAGCUACUGCAGCGUCCUGCGUGUGCUGUGCAAACUAGCCCUCCGUAAUAAGGCACACCACAAACGAACCCUCACCGUCAUCUACUGGGUGCUGGGGGUCUUCCUGCUCUGCUUCGCCCCCUAUCAUUUCAACCUGCUGGGCUACACACUGACUCACACGGGGGUCCUGCGCAGCUGCGGUUUAGCUAAAGUCACCACAGCGCUGCAUCCGAUCGUGCUCUCCCUAGCCAGCAGUAACUGCUGCCUCAACCCCCUGAUCUACUACUUCUCAAGCAACCUGGUGCACAAACAGGUCGCGGGACACAGGGGGAGUGGCAGCCAGGGAGAGUGAAAAAUGUUUCAACAGCAUGAAAGACAACAGACAUGUUUAAGCAAGAGUUAUCCCUUCAGUUCCCUCAUAGAAAAUGCUCAGCCCACUGCUGUGAGCUCUACUGCAGCAAACGCAGCAGUAAAACUGGCA